UUGUAUAAGUCCAUAUAUAAUUUAACCUAAUAUGUACAUUCUAUUUUGAUCGUUUAAGGAUCAUUGUUACCGCCUUCAUCCAAAUUACUUGUCUCACAGGUUACAACCAUUUGCUCAAGGUCGAGCAACAAAAAAAAAAAAAAUAAAAAUAAAAAUGAUAUAGGUGAUAACAAACGAAGUGAACUAAAAUAGGAAAUUAAAAUAAUUAUACAUUUUAAUAGAUAAUUAUAUAUAUUAAUCAAGUGAAUUAAAAAGACAAAUAAACCUUCCCUCAAUUAGAGCAUUUUUACGAGCUUCACCCCCUUCUUCUUCUCUCUCCUCCAUUGAAGCGUAAUCUGAAUUCUUUGUUGAAGCGGCUUCUCAGCUUUUUUCUCCUCCAUUGAAGCAGCUUCUGAGGAUUUUGUAUAUAUAACCCUUUAAUGUUAGGAAGAAACUAUGAAAAAGGAAUUUUUGUACCUGGACCGAGGGCGGCUGCCCCGGCUCCGCCACAACAACCGUCAUUUGCACCUCCACCCCCUACACAAAACCCGCUUCCGCCACCGCCAUCACGGCCCCAAUCUCAGUAUACUCAGAAUUGGGGUUCGGCGCCUCCCCCUUACCCUCAAAACUAUACACAAGUGACUGCCAAUCAAAAUUUCCAGCAUUCAGGGUAUAAUUCAGGUAGUCAGCAAUAUCAACCACCUCCACCCCCACCACAACCCCAGCAGCAACCUCAGCAAUACCCUUUUCAGCCACCGCCACCUCCACCUGAUUCGUCGUAUGCCCCUCCCCCGCCCCCUCCUCCUUCUAGUGGUCAAAGCUCGGGCAAUGUACAUCAACAAUAUUACCCUACUUCACAAUACUCUCAAUUUAGUCAACAGCAGCCUCCUUUACAGCCAUUGCAACCACCCCCUCCACCACCUCCUCCACCGUCUUCCCCGCCUCCUAGUUCAUCUGUUCCUCCACCACCACCCCCUCCAUCAUCUCCCCCUCCACCACCUCAAAAUAAAGAGAGUGGGGGAGAGAGAGGGAGGCAUGAGAGAGAUAGAAGGUCUUCUAAAGAGGGGAAUCACCAUGUAUCUUCUAGGCAGCACAAGCCUCCAGUACCUCCCGGUCUUGUGAAAAAAGCUAAUGGAACUUCGGAGAGGGUUGAGACAGAGGAAGAAAGGAGAUUGAGGAAGAAGAGGGAAAUGGAGAAGCAAAAACAUGAAGAGAGACAUAAGCAACACUUGAAAGAGGCGCAAAAUCGGCAGAAGCCACCCCAGACUUUGCCUUCUGUAGUAAAACCUGGUAAUAUGUCAAUUUCAGGGUCUAGAAUUGGUGAGAAAAGGAGUGCGCCAGUUCUAGGAGGUGACAGGGAUGAAAACCCGAUGAAGAGACAGACAGCAUUCAUGUGCAGGAUGAAGUUCCGGAAUGAACUGCCUGAUCCAUCUGCCCAGCCAAAGCUUAUGUCUUUAAAAAGAGAUAAGGACAGAUUUACUCGGUAUACUAUCACAUCACUGGAGAAAAUGCAUAAACCAAAGCUAUAUGUGGAGCCUGAUCUUGGCAUUCCACUUGACCUCCUUGAUCUUAGUGUCUACAACCCUCCCAAAGAGAGGUAUCCUCUUGCUCCUGAAGAUGAGGAAUUGCUACGUGAUGAUGAGCAAGUGACUCCAUUAAAGAGAGAUGGAAUUAAGAGAAAAGAACGCCCCAGUGAUCAAGGCGUCUCUUGGCUUGUUAAGACACAAUAUAUUUCUGCUCUCAGCAAUGAUGGGACCAAACAGUCCUUAACUGAAAAACAAGCAAAAGAAUUGCGUGAAAUGAGAGAAGGCCGUAGCUAUUUGCAAAAUCUUAACAAUAGGGAAAGACAAAUUCAGGAAAUCCAAGCUUCAUUUGAGGCUUGCAAAGUACGCCCUGUACAUGCUACUAAUAAAAACUUGAAACCUGUGGAGGUUCUACCAUUACUGCCUUAUUUUGAUCGUUAUGAUGAUCAGUUUGUUGUCGCCAACUUUGAUGGAGAACCUACAGCUGACUCAGAGUUGUUCAGCAAAAUGCACAAAUCCGUUCGCAAAGACAUUGAAUCAAAGGCUGUAAUGAAAAGUUUUACUGCAACGGGAUCUGAUCCUGAUAAACCUGAACGAUUUUUGGGAUACAUGGUCCCGUCAACGGAUGAGCUAUCAAAGGACAUCUUCGAUGAAGAUGAAGAUGUCUCAUACUCUUGGGUCCGAGAAUAUAAUUGGGAUGUCAAAGGAGAAGACCCAGAUGAACUCUCAACAUAUUUGGUGUCAUUUGACGAAGAUGCUGCUCGCUACCUGCCUCUUCCUACAAAGCUUGCACUGAGAAAAAGGAGGUCAAAAGAGGGAAGGUCCCAGGAAGAUGGAGAACAAUUUGUUCAACCGGGCAAGCUUACUGUCAGGAGAAGGGAGACUACCUCUGUCAUUGAAAGGAAGGAAUCAGCGAAUGAUUCUUACUAUAGAUCAGGUCCUUCAAGAUCUAGUAGGCCGGAAUCUGAUAUUGAAGAAGAGGAUCAAGAACGUAUGGAUGUCGGGGAUGCUGGGGACGAUCAAAUGGGGCAUUACAGUGGAGGGGAUGACUAUUUGUCUGAGUGACAUGAAUGACAUGUAAACACAAAUGUUGAAUCAGGGUAGUAUGUCAUCCAAGAACAAAUUUUUCUACUAGCUAAUUUGAAAGAUUUUUGGUAGUUAUUUAUCCUUUGAUUUUUUGGUAGUCCAUUCCUUUUACUUUUUACUUUCUCAUUAGAUUAGAUCAUCACAGUAGCUUCAACAAGAUGGGAGUUGGAGCACUGCUGAAAGCAGAGUAGAUUGUAGAGAAAAUAUAUGUAUUUAACCUUUAAUAGUAUAAUUGGAAUGAUUCAAAUAUUUCAGUUUUGUA